AUGCAAAGUGGUCAAGCAAACUGGUCAGGCGGACCACAAGGCAGUUGGUCAAGCGGUGCCCAAGGCAACUGGUCCAGCAGGCAGCAGGAAGGGAACUGGGGAUAUAGGCACCAAGGCCCCCAGCCAAGCAACUCCGGAAGGCAACCGAACAAUCAAGUGGUGAGCUAUGUUCCGCCACAUCAAAGGGGAAAUCAGCAGCACCCAGGGAACCAACAACACCAUCAGCCCCAGUAUCAUUCAGAGUACUACGGUCCAUCAGACUUCCCACAGCCCGGCCACGGUGGAGGACAUUCGAAUCAAAGAUAUAACAGACACCCCAACGAAGGUCCAGGGGAGAUAAUGGCUCCACACCACCCUAACGAUGAGAUGCGCGAGAUCCAGGAAGCACAGAAGGAACAAAGGGCUGCUCUGGAUAUGCUUACAAAACAACUUUCUCAAGUUGCGAUGUCGCUUGGAGAACUGAGAGGGAAUGAAGGAAAGAUCCCUGCCACGCUGCAACCGACUGGGCAGGAAAACAUAAGCAAAGUCUCCCUGAGGUUAGGGAAGGUAUAUCAGAGCCACAGCUCACCUGCGAUGUCCCCAGCAUCUAUACCCGGACCGAGCCAAGAAGAAGAAGGAGAGUCCAGUUCCUCUGAUCAAGCCGCCAGAGCAAAAGACAAAGGGAAAGCGAAAAUGGGCGGCGAGACCUCAGAAGAAGGUCAAGGCGAAGAAAUGGAGAAGGUCAAGCCCUACCCCUACCGCGGAAUGGUGACCAGAAAGAGAGACACCACGAUUGAUGUGGCCAGUCUAUUCAAGGACGUGGAAGUCAAGGUGCCACUCCUGACGGCGUUGAAGAUGCCCCCAAUCAGCCAGUUUAUCAAGGACUACCUGGCGGGAAAGGUCAAUGAAGAAGGAAGGAUUAUUACAUAG